UCGCAGGAUGCAGCAUGGUUUCGGGGAGGAGAGGUGUGUUUGGUCCGGUAUGACCACGAAUGCCUUUCUUUUGUCAGUACUUGGACUCGCUCUGCUAAACGCAGCAGCCGUUACUAUGGCGUCAGUGACAGAAGGACAGGGAGGUGUGAACUGUCUGAAGGCUGUAGAGAAGUGCGAGGCCACGGAACAGUGUCGGCUCGUGCUGCACUACUACUACAAAAGUUGCCGCCAGUCAGAUGAAGUCUGUGUGGAAGACAGAGCAACCCAAUGCCGAGAUGCUUACAUCGCCUUACAGCGGUACAUGGACAAGUGUGAUUGUGGGAACACCGACAAGAGCCGUCUGGAACACUGCAUGGACACAGAACAAAGGCUGUUCCACCAUCCCUGUAACGUUGAAGAAGGCCUCUCCUGCAUAGGCAAGGAAGAAGACAUCGACAAAAGCAGGCAAUACCAGGUCACACUGCCACCGAGGCCGAUCAGCUGUAACGAAGCAAAGACCGAGUGCAAGAACUCCUCGUACUGCAACGUGGUUUACGUCAACUUCCGAGCGAGCUGCCCCACCACCCGUCACCAGUGUACGGCCGCCAUGAAGGAGCGGUGUAGAGAAUCACGUGACAGGCUGAGCCUCACAAGCCUGGGGCAUUGCAUCUGUCCCAAGGGCAUGCCGGGAGAACGAAAAUGCCGUCGUAUCCUGUCUAGAAUACACCGAGAUCCUUGCAGACAACAAGACAUCUUUGACUACCCUCCGGAGCCAAGAGCAGCCCUACAUGACACGGGUUACACAAGCAGCUGCUUUGCUGCCUUUGACCGAUGUAACUCCAACUAUGACUGCCGGACGUCCCUCGCCCAUUACAUCCACAUGUGCGAGCCUGACGAGAUUACCGGAACAUGUGACAGACCGGCAUGCAUUGGGGCCAUCCGGGACCUUUUCAAGUACGCGCCAUCGAACUUGACCCAGCCUCUGGUCGAGUGCAGAUGUGGAAAGCAUGACAAGGACUGCGUCUCUCUGAAAAACGGUCUCCUGCCUGUUUGUGCGCGGCCAUCCUCUCAAGUGCCCGACUGUCUGGAGUUACACCGGCAAUGCAAGAAUGGUCAACACUGUCGGCGGACUUCGUGUGGUGACAUGCUGGCCACCAUGCCGUGCGAGUGCCGUGGGCGGGGCAGACGACAUCGGCGCUGUUCCAAGGUUCUGAGAGAGAUGGUGGUCAACGACUGUGGAGAGAACGCCAGGAACUCGCGGACGGUUACAGCUCGACUUGAGCAAGGCACCACGACGUCCGAUCUGCCUCCUCCUUCCUCCCGGCAUUCUGUAACAUGCCGGGCCCGGCAUUCCCUACCCAGGGCGACCACAUCUACCCCGCUCAUGGUCAGCAACACUACCACGUUACUUGCUAUGCCAGAUACGCUGGUUGCACCGCAAAGUCCAGACGAAACCAACAACGGGAACAAUGACGGGUCUACACUAGAGCGACCCCAUGCGACUGGAUCGUCAACUGCUUCUCUUCGUCAGUUUGCUUGUCUGUACAAACUUGAAUGGACACUCGCUAUGUUGUAUGUAAUGGCAAUAAUAUUGAUGUAAAGUUCACUACGAAAGAUAUAAUAUAUACAUGCAGUGUUAUUUGUGACCAUGUCUGGUGUUUUACUGAUGAGAGAUUUUCAAGGUACACUACUGAAGACUGAGAUUGAGAUCGAAACUCACAUUUGUACACUUGUGUGAGUGAAUUGUAUUUGUAACACUAAUUCCACACAGCAAACCGACUACAUGGCACAUUAUCUUAGUCACAGCAGGUGAAAAGUGAAAUGGUGCUGGACUGCUGGUAUUGUUUUUAACCUACUCGAAGAUUGUAAGUCGAAUUCUCACAAUUCCCCACGGUUGUGUGCAGUGGUUGCUGUUAGGGCAAUAUUAAUUUGUUACUUUCGGGUACGGAAGUAUUGUUUUAGGUGGCUUAUGUAUGUUCUUUGUGUCUGUUUGUCCGGAUAGAGAAGUUUGAUAGCACGUGGGUUGGGGAAAAUUGACGAGCAGAAUGACAGGAGGUCUGAGAAUCUGGCUCGGGAGCCAGCAGGAAUUAGAGGUCGCUAUGGGAAAUUCAAGACGUUGUGGAUUUCAUACUUUUCUGGGAAGUCUGACAUCUCCGAUUUGUUGUUCCGUUUGUGAUAUAAUAUAGUAUAGUAUGGCUCAAUAAUGCAUCUAUCGUAUUAUAGUCUGUCAGCAGAUGUUGAGUCAAGCAAAAGUACAGCAAAAGACAACGCCCCUUUCAGAAUGGCUAUGCAAAAAGAUCAGGAGGCUGCAAAUGGGAUUUAUAACGAUUAAAGCACCUUAACAUUGCUUAUCAUUAUGUUAAUAUAUAAUGUGCCUAUGAAUCCA